GCAGCGGGCGCGGCGGGGGAACGAGAUGAGCAGCGCCGGCGCCGCUGCAAGAUGCUGGAUGGACACGUCCUGCUGGGAUGGCUCUCCUCCUGCGCGCUCCUAGGGCUGCUCGCCUGCGCCCCGCGGCCCUCCGCCGCCUACUUCGGGCUGACGGGGAACGAACCCCUGACCAUCCUCCCUCUGACCUCAGAAAUGGAGGAAGCUGCCGUCAAAGCCCACUACAAAGUCUGUGACCGCCUGAAGCUGGAGAAGAAGCAGCGCAGGAUGUGCCGGCGGGACCCCGGCGUGGCUGAGACCCUGAUGGAGGCCAUCAGCAUGAGCGCGCUCGAGUGCCAGUACCAGUUCCGCUUCGAGCGGUGGAACUGCACCCUUGAAGGCAGAUACCGGGCCAGCUUGCUAAAGAGAGGCUUUAAGGAGACGGCCUUCCUGUACGCCAUUUCCUCAGCGGGGCUGACGCAUGCCAUGGCUAAAGCGUGCAGCGCAGGUCGGAUGGAGCGCUGCACUUGUGAUGAGGCCCCCGACUUGGAGAACCGUGAGGCCUGGCAGUGGGGUGGCUGCGGUGACAACCUGAAAUACAGCAACAAGUUUGUCAAGGAAUUCCUGGGGAGGAAGCCCAACAAGGACCUGCGAGCCAGGGUGGACUUCCACAACAACCUCGUGGGCAUGAAGGUCAUCAAAGCUGGAGUGGAGACAACCUGUAAGUGCCAUGGUGUAUCUGGAUCCUGCACUGUUCGAACAUGCUGGAGGCAGCUUUCUCCAUUCCAUGAAAUAGGGAAGCAGCUGAAGCAGAAGUAUGAGACAUCGCUCAAAGUGGGCAGCACUACCAAUGAGGCCACGGGUGAAGGAGACAUUUCCCCGCCCAAGAAAUCCAUCCCUGGUCACAGUGAUCAAAUCCCAAGGACUACGGACCUUGUCUACAUUGAUGAUUCCCCGAGCUUCUGUCUGAUGAGCAGAUACUCGCCUGGGACUUCGGGAAGGAAAUGUUACAAAGACAAGAACUGCGACAGCAUCUGCUGUGGGCGAGGGCACAACACGCAGAGCCGGGUGGUCACCCGCCCGUGCCAGUGCCAGGUCCGUUGGUGCUGCUAUGUGGAAUGCAAGCAGUGCACCCAGAGAGAAGAGGUUUACACCUGCAAAGACUGAUGCGUCUUCUGCCUGAUGGCAACCCUCAGUGACGGGCGAUCAUGAUCUAUGAGAACUACAUAUGGAGACAAACAGGGUUUGAUUGACCUUCUGGGAUCUGAAAGCUAUGUUGAGACAUAAGCACUUUGUAGGGUACAGGUGACCCAGCUGUGUUGCUGUUUUGUUUGUUUUGUUUUGUUUUCCUGUAGACUGAAUUUUAAUGAGGUCCAACCAUGUGGAAAUAAGUGCCUGUCACACUGGGGUUAGACACCAGUUGACCUUCAGCUUAGUCGUCCACGCAGUUUGACUGAUCAUUUAUCCUUGGAACAUCUUGAUCGUUUCACCAAUCCUCCAUGAACUUCUGGGCUAAUAUAUUCUCUGGAAUAAAUAACCUAUAUUACUUUAUUCCUGAAGCUUACCCAACAGCGUAGAGAGCUGAACAGAUAAGAAAGAAAGAUCUUUCUGCUUUUAACACAGUGGUACGGGAAGUGUUCAUUUUUUCCCUUCUGAAACUGGAGAGAGGUGUGGGGUAAGCAGGAACAGCCCUGAUUGUUCCUCUAGUGGAAUUUCUGCAUAUCCAGCAAACAAGGCUCUCACAAAGAGACUCACUUGGAGGGUAAGCUUUUUAAUGACAGCUCCGUAUCCACAUGCUUUGAUCACCAAAUACAGCUCCAAAAAUGUCGGGUCCACCAUGUUGCGGAUGACAAUGUGUCCAAGAAAGAGGUUGGGAAGACAGCAGAAAACCAGAUGUGCCUGUCCCUUUCAGUCGUGUUAUUUUUUCAUACAAUUACUUCAAAUGCAGUUCCUUUAGCACUAUCACUGUCUUAAAUUUUAUUUAAAAACAAACAAACCACUAGAUACUUUUGUUUUAUUUUCACUUUUGUGGAAGACAUUUUUCUGUCCUCUUCCCACCUCUUGUUGAUUGAUUUCACCCUGUGGAAACUGCUUCAGAAAUCUAAACUGGAACUUUUUUGUUUUAUGUCGGCUGAAUUUGGACAUGUGUUUUUGAGGAGGACAAGAGAAAUUCCAGUGCAUCUUGGAAGGCAGUGAUGUCUUGCAUUGUAUAGCAGCCAUUUUGGACUGGAUCGGAACUUUGGAGGAUUCAACUUUUCUUUACUUAGGUCAUCAUUCCAUUUACCCUAAACCAUGGCAGUGGUACAUGACACAAGCUGUAUGUAGUGAACCCAAUGACCUUAAGAUUUUUUUAACCACUAGAUUGAGAACUGUAUUUUAAAAAUACAACUGCUAAAUGGUAACCAACUAUUGGAUUCGGAACAGCUAACUGACGCAGAGACAAACCAUCAAGUGGCCAGAGAAGCCAGAAAUCAACUGCAGUGGUAGAUAUAGCUCUGAUGCUGUGAAAUAGAUGAUGAUCUUCAGCAUUUCUUUUCCCUUUGAAGAGGAUACUUACAAUCCAGGACUUGAUGCGGCAAUAAUCCUUUAUCAUAUAAAAGUGCUUCUGGGACUGGAAGCAGCCAGUGAAUGCCUCAACGAAGCUUUCUAAGGAAACACUGGAGAGUGGAGGGCAUUGUAUUUUAUUUUUGAUAGCAGUUUUUGAUUGUCCAGUAGUAGCAAUUUCCACCAAUUUUCUAUAAACGAUUGAUCUGGUUCUCAAUGGAGGAAAGCUGGCUGGAGUUUUUCAAGUAGUGGUAGAUGUUGGCCAAGCAAAAAGAGGAGAGCAGUUUUCCAAAAUGGACUAUUAUUUUCCUUUUUUUUAACUUUACUUUUUUCUUUCCCCAAAUAGUAGCCACUAAUAUUUAAGCUGUUUAUGUGCAUCUACUGGGAGGAGAAAAUAUAUUUUUUUUUCUUGGUAACAAAUAACUGCAGCCCAGCCUGGCUUGUUGGCAUCAAAUCUGGAGGUAGAGUACUGGGGAUGGACUUUUACGAUGUUACUUUUAGUAGUGCUAUGGUCCUGGAAAGUAAAGCAUACUGGCUCUUUUUUUGAUGUUUGUUUAUUUGCUGUACAAUUCUGGAGAUUGGGGUAGUGCUGUAGAAGGAGUAAUCCACAGACAGUAUUUGUCCCUUUCCACCAUGGCAGAAGCACAGUGGAGCGUCCGACGCAGAGGGUUUGCAGGAAGCUCUCGCGGCUUCUGGGAGAUGCGCCGCUUUGAAAGUCACCCACAAGCAGUUUAUCUAAUGGUUUAAAAAAUAAACUGACUAGAAACCUAUUAUUCAGUGUGUGCAUGUGUGUAUAUAUAUACACACGCAGACACGUAAAUAUAUAUAUAUAUAAAUAUUGAACAAACAUUUAUUUAUUGUAAAGCCCUUCAGAAGGACCUUCUUAUGGUUUCAAUGUGGUAUUAUGUUAAAUUCUUUCUCCCUCUCUUUCUUUCACACAUGUGCAAGCUCACUGUUACAUUUGUGUGUGUGUGUGCUAGAAUAGCUCUUCCCCUCCAAAGUAAGGCUGGAUCCAAAUGUGCUCAAAACAUGAGGAUUUUUGGGUCUGAAUUACUAUUUCUGGCCCCAUUCUUUUUUAAAAUGUGUUCUUAAUUAAAGAAUGGGCUGCAAUUUAUGUGCAUUAUUAUUAUUAUUAAUUAUUAUUAUUGUUAUAUUUAAACCAUGGGCCUCAUUUUCUUUCUUUUCACUGGUGUCUCUGUCUCCGUUGACCUUGCUGGAGUAACUCCACAUUGCACUGGUGUGAGAGGAGAAUGAGUCCCUAGAUGCAGAAGAGAGGGCAGUGCUGGCAUGGAUAUCGUUGCAGAGAAAAUGCCUGUGUCGGAUGGGAUAGGAUAGCUUGGUGAGUUUGCAGAGAGAGAGGGGUGGGCAAUGAGGCAGACUGUUAAGGCUAGACUAGAAGAAAGAGGCAAAGAGUGAAUGAACUACUGAGUGAAAGAGCUCUUCUGUGUAUUAUAACUCACGCACUGAAGCCUGGAUGCUUUCUGUAAGUAUUUAAAAAAAAAAAAAAGAAAAAGAAAAAACACAAAAAACAAAUUGUAUUUAUGUUAAUGUGGAUAUAUUACUUGCCUGUUAUAUAUUGUAAAUAGCAAGGUUUAUUCUCCUG